AGUCGCGGUCAGUCUGGUACUUUCAAGACGAAUUUCUUAACAUACAGCAGAAGCGGAUCUUUAGCUGUUUUCGAAUAUUGCAAAAAUAAUACGUCAUUAGAUUAUUUGAUAUAUGUGAAUUUAAAAUCACAUAUCAAUAAAUAAAUAUUUUGAUAGAAAUCGUCGAAUGGCUCUUUUUAUAAAUAGUGUGAUGCGAUCACAUGGGGAAGGCGAGGGAAUGUCAACGAUCAAUAGUAUUACGAAAAUGAAUUGGUGAUUCGUACGUUGAAAAUUUUGUGUACAACAUGGUGUCCGGAGAUCACGAAAGAUUGCUACCUGAACCAGAGAAUUACGUGAAAUGCUUUUAUGACCUUUUUAGAAGUAUUGCUGAAGCACAGAGAAAUAAGGAAGAAUGGAGGAAAUGUAAAAAAAAUAAAUCUGUACGUAAAAGGGAUAAAAAAAAGAUUGACUUGAGCAGUGAUGUAAAUUACAAUAAUCCACCAGAAAUACAAAUAUCCUGCAAUGCUUCUGCAUUUGCUGUAUUUGCUAGCGUUAGAAAUGUUAUUUUGGAGAGAUUUAUUAAAUCAACUGAAGUUUAUAGAGCAUCAAAUUGUAAUUCUCCACCAUCACCAGAGCAUAGUGAAACUAUUGAUACAGAGAGUGAUGAUGAAGACAGAAUAUCAACUAUACAGAGCUUACCAAAGAUUGUAGGUAUUGGUUUACGAAGUGUUUUUACAUUAAUGAGAGAGAGUAGAACAAUUGAACCUGCUUUGUGUACAAAAACAUUGUCAGCUUUAUUGGAUGUAUUACAAGGACAACUUCCGGAAGGCCUGAAAUCUGAACCAGAUGAUGUUAUUGAUCCACUUUUUGAUCUAUUAUUGGAUCUUGCAACUUCACAUGGCCCAGAGUCAGCAGCUGCUAAUGAUGGCAGUCAUUUGACUGCAGUUGCUUGUGCUUGUUUAUUGAGUCUUGUGGUUGUUAGAGGCGAUACCGGUCGUUUAUUGGCAGCAAUAGCGGCUUUACUAAUGUGUCCAAGAGCAUUAGCAAUUCAAAAUAUUCAAAUGCCAUGUGUAUUAACAUCCUUACAAAGAAGUGUACAAGCCGUUUUACUUGGAAAACUUGCACGGCCAGACUGGAUUACAUAUGGAGUUCCUAAAUGUGCUAAGAUUUAUACUUGUACGCUUAAGUUACCAAAUGAGAUAAAUAAUAUAAUACUCAAUGGACGAAGUUUUGUGAGUGAUGGAAAGUACCUGUAUCUGCAUACAAGUAGAGGAUUAUUGAAGAUUGGUAAUGGACAUGGAGGAACUAUUUGGGGUCAUGUGUACGUUCAUAAGGCGGACUUUUAUCCAACAGAAACGGGUUGGCUUGGUUAUGCAAAUAACACGCUGUACUUUAAAUAUACACCGAGAAAACAGAGCGAGUUACUAAUUAUUGAUGCAGAAACCCUUUCAGUUACGGAGAUUGCUGUUUUAGAAGGUCGUGAUUGGUCAUCCUCUGUUAUGUUUUCUGAUGGCGAAUGCUUAGGAAUGAUAACUGCCGGAAAAGACGAUGGUUUUGUAGUCAGAACAAUAAAUACAUUAAGUAAUCCAGUAACAGUCGCAUCAGAAUUACCGUUAAAAUUAGCAAGAAAAUGUGUAGAUGUUUUUGGAUAUGCCGCUUUUGAUGAAGAACAAACAACUCAUACAUUAAAUCCAGGCUGUGAUGAUGAAAUAGCUACAGUUGCUGCAGGAAAAGAAUUUGCAUUAUUAAAAACUGUAUCUGGAAAAGUUCUGUACAGUGGAAAAGGAACUUCUCUUGGUAUGAAAAGUAACACAAGGCCUAAUAGAUGGAUAGAGCUAACACUUGGGAAAGGACCAAGACUUGUAAAUUUUGCAGUUGGUCACGAUGGUCAACAUGUCGUAAUGGUUAUGGAAGAUGGUUCAGUUUUAUUUGCUGGUACUGCCAGACGCGGAGAAGAUGGUGAUAAUAAUAAAGUUAGGCGACAACCUAAGCCAGUUAAACCAAAAAAGAUAGCAAAAGUAGAAGGACAGUUUAUUGUGAAUGCUGCUUGUAAUAAUGGAUCAACAGCAUUAGUUACAAAGGAAGGUUCUUUACUGAUGUUUGGCAAAGAUACCUUGCACAGUGAUCCAGUUUCGGGAGUAGUUACUGAUCUCAGAGAUGUUUGUGUUGUUCACGUUUCAUUAGGCAAAGCUCAUGCUGCGGCAUUAACUAACAAAGGACAUUUAUACACAUUUGGAAUUAACAAUAAAGGACAAUGUGGUAGAGAUUUUAAUACAAUUCAUAAUUCAAUAAAUAAAGAUGUCUCUUCGGUUGCUGUAGAGAUAGGUACAGCAGAGGAAGAAUUUUUAGUAACUGAAGAAGAUGGCAUGGAAUCUACUGAAGAUUGGGAAGAAACAAGAGGAAUGUGUCCGCCAGGUUUACAUCAAUGGAGGCAUCGUGUUUGCAUGGUUUGCACAGUAUGCCGAGAAUGCACUGGUUACAGUAUAUCGUGCUUGAGCAGUAUACGCCCAGAUCGAAAUCCAGGCCAGGAAUGUGGAUGUGGUGAAGGGGAUAGUGGAUGCGCGGAAUGUGGAUGUUGUCGUACUUGCGCAAGGAAAAGUUGCGCUAAUGGUAGAUCAAGUUCAAAUUUUCGGGAGUAUUUGCAGAGAUGCCUGGGGGAAAUAAAGCAGAAACAGAGAACGAAGGCAGGUCCGAGUACUGCAAAAUAUGGAAUGAAGAUGAAAGGUCCGAAUAAUCAAAGAUUGGCUGGGCCAAGUGUGAUACAAAAAAUUGCUGGAAAAAUGGCAUUAGGAUUAAGUACUAAUUUAAUAAAUGAGGAAGGUAUUGGUGGAAGUGAUAUUGAACGAGGCGAUGCUACAAGAAUUGCUAGUAUACCACCGGCUAGAGUUCCUAUACCUAGUGAAAGUCCUGUGGUUCAAGUAUCGUGUGGUUUGCAUCAUACAGUGGUACUUUUACAAAAUGGGGAAGUUUAUACGUUCGGUAGCAACAUAUACGGUCAGUUAGGUGUAGGAGAUUUGGUAGCACAUGGUGGAGCAGUUCACGUUAAAUUAUCAGGGAUUGCAAUACAAGUUGCUGCUGGAAGCAAUCAUACUGUCGUACUUACAUCAAAGGGGGAAGUGUUCACAUUUGGAGCUUAUCAAAAAGGACAAUUGGGUAUAAAUUGGUGGAAUGGACAAAAUGAACUCUCAAAUUCUUCUCCGCAAGUUAGUCGUCGUUCUGAUAGAACACAGCCCCGGCAUAGUUAUCCAAAUGUAGUUCCAAAUAUUGGUCCUCAAUGGGGUAGAAGAGCAACAUGGAUUGGUGCAAGUGGAGAUCAAACUUACAUCAAAAUUGAUGAAAUAAAUUCUAUUAGUUUAACAAGAAGUACAGUUAUGGCAAAUAAAAAUUGCAUAAUUUUAAUUCCACAUCAAACUGAUCACGCAAAUUCUUUCAAAUGUUUAGUUAUAAGUAAAAGAGAUGGUACUUGUAACAGUUAUAGUGGACCAGAUCAAGUUGAUUUCAGUAAUUGUGCGACAUGUUUAGAUCCUUUGUAUAAUGUCAUUUGGACUUUUAACCCUACAACUAGUGAAAUAAGUUUGUAUAAUAUUAUAUCAACGGAAGCUAGACUAAUUCCUGGAUUAGAAGCAUCCAUUUUGAGUCCAGGCUUAGCAUUACCAGUAGUAUCAAAUUGUUUUGUAACACGUUCUCAAGCUGCAAUGCAUUUAUUGGGUUGUCUGGAUACUCUUGCACAAGCACAAAAUGAAAAUUUGACUAUAAUAGAAGAGAAUGAAUGUAAUCAAUCAACACAUGGAAAAGUAUAUAGUCGUGAAGAUUUUGUUACAGUCAACAGAUUUGAAAGUCAUGGUGGUGGUUGGGGAUAUUCCGCACAUUCUAUCGAGGCUAUUAGAUUUAUGCCCGACACUGAUAUUUUAUUAGGAGGAUAUGGAUUGUUUGGAGGUCGGGGAGAAUACACUGCAAAAAUAAAACUCUUUGAUAUUGGAAUGGAUGGAGGAGAUCAAGAAAAUGAUGGCGAACUUCUAGCAGAAUCUGAAGAAAUACCAUACGAAUGUGGACCGAGACAAAAAUAUUCUAUUUUAUUUUAUGAACCAAUUCCUUUACAAGCAAAUAGGUGGUAUGUUGCAUGGGCUAAAAUUAGUGGACCUUCUAGCGACUGUGGUUCUGGUGGUCAAGGAAUGGUCACUGCAGAAGACCAAGUUAUGUUUUAUUUUAAAUCCUCGAAGAGAUCCAAUAAUGGAUCCGAUGUAAAUGCCGGACAAAUACCACAAUUAUUAUAUCGAAUUGUUACACCCGAAAAUCAAACUUCUAAUAGGCAAAGAGAUCGAAUUGAGCCAGUUUAUGUCCUAAAAAGAGAAUUCAGCAGAACAGUCACCAAAGAAUGUUUCCAAUCAUUAAUAUCUCUCCUUCAAUGGAGUUGGAAUACAUUAAAAGCAACGUUAAAUGAUGCCACUUCUACUCAGGCAUUAUUUGAAGUGGAACGUUUAAUUUACAUUAGUAGAGCUAGUUUACGACUACUUAGGAUCUAUACUAAUGAAAUUUAUCCUAAUCAAGCGGGGAAAAAAACUCCCGCUGAAUCAGUACGGUUAGCAGAAUGCAUCGGUGAAGUACGUGCAUUGUUACAUCAAAUUUUAUCCGAUACUGUACCGUUAAAUACGAAAAGCAAAGGCAAAACACGACCAACCAAAAGUCCUAAUGUCGUAAAUAGCAAGAUGACAAAUAGCAUAUUAGAUGAAUGCCAUAUAACAUUUGUAUCCUGCUAUCACGCAUUUUAUCCAACAGCGUAUUUAAAAUGGACAUGUCUAUGCGAGCUGCUGUCAGAAAUCGACAGAGAACAGGGAGAAUCUGCGAAAGAUCGAUUGUUAUCGGCUGUUCUAGCUGCUCUGUGCUGUCCUACUAUUCGUCUUCGAUGUACAUUUCCAAUUCUAAAUAACAUCAUGGAUAGUACUGAUAGUAUAAAACGGCAACUCAGUCCAUCCGAUAAUACGGGCUUACUGAUGAUAAAUUCAACAGAAAGUCAUCAAUAUCCAAUUUUAGUCGAACAAAUUAGUUACAAAUCUCAAGUGGAAAGUUCUGGCAAGGAGAUUUUAAACUGGUCGUUUCGUGACGUGCUUGAAAGACUGUUAGAUUUGAUUCUAGUCCCUGUGAAGAAAAGUCUUUGUAGAAAAAAGACUCAGUCACGGUUGGAAUUGGUACUUUAUUGUUCGUAUUUGUUAGCGCGCGUGGUUGCUGAAUUAGCGGCACAAUCUAGUGGGAACGAGGAUGAACUUCAGGCCGCCUGUGGCAGACUUAUGUAUACUACACCUUCGAGAUUUACGCGAGUAAAUCAAACAAGAUCGUGGAAUACCGGUAACGGCUCCCCAGACGCAAUUUGUUUUUCAGUCGAUAGAUCUGGUAUUGUGAUCGCUGGUGUGGGUAUUUAUGGAGGUGUUGGAAUGUAUGACUAUGAGUUGGAGUUACUCGACGAUCAAAAUAACACGGGCAACGAUCCAUCUCACACUCAACGUUGGAGUAGUUUGGAUUUUACACGAGGUUCUUUCGGGCCAGAUGACUGCGUUAACGACAUAGUAGAAUUAAAAUUUGAUAAACCUGUGCCCAUUAAGGAAAAUGUAAAGUACGCUAUUAGACUGAGGAAUCGUGGAGGACGCACAAGUAAUGGCGAUGGUGGUUUAAGCGUCGUUAAAGGACCUGACGGAACUACGUUUACUUUCACGGCUUGCUCUUUAAGUUUUAAUGGUACGACUCAAACCAGGGGUCAAAUACCGCACAUUCUCUAUUAUUCAAAUCCCCAAGACUCUGAUGGUCAGCAUACAAGUAAAGCGAUGGCUGAGGUGCAAGCAAAAAAAUGUGCUCUUGCAAUGACAACUACGAUUAUUCAAAGAUCAAACGAAAUUUUCGCAUUAGCCAGAGAAAAAGCAGAAGAAGUAGUAACCACCGAAGUUCUUGGAAGUGCGCCGUUUGUGACGACUCUUUUACCAUUGGUUAUGGCGCAUAUUAGUCCUUUAGCUACAUCAGAUCCCAGGAGCGGAGUGCAAAUUCUUACUUUAAUUCAAGAAACAUUACCCCAUGUUGCGGCACUUAAUUUAUUAUCCACAAUGGGAUCGUCUGAAAUAUCUCAAGACAGUGAACUUCAAUCUCACGUUUCUACACCCACUACUACUAGUCAUCAUUACACCUGGUUGGAAAGCGAUCAUCCUUAUAAACCUGCUACAGUAUCCCACUAUAGAGUCACUUUUCCAGACACGGUCAAGUGGUUAUCCAUUGAAUUCACACCAGAAUGUGGCACAGCUCAGCCAGAGGAUUAUUUACAACUGUACAUUCCAAGUGUAAUCUCUCCUCUUAGAGGAAUACGCACCCUUGAAGAUACACCCUUACGGUGGCCUGUCUUGCGUAAAUUGAGUAAUGUACCAAGUCAGUGGCCUCAAAACGCGAUCGUAUUGCCAGGAAAUGAAGUUAUAUUUUCGUUAGAAACCGCUUCCGAUUACAUGAGAAACGAUAGAGCAAUUACAUACGGAUUUAAAUGUCUCGUUAUUGGAUACGAUUGGCUGACAGUGGGGAAUGGUUUAAGAAAUCUGGAAAUUGAAUUGUCAUUCCUUGGUGGAGCCUGUGCCGCAAGUCUCAUGAAGAGAAACCUUGCGUUACCGCCUGUAUCGAACGAAGAAGUGGAAGAGGAUUUGGAGCUGAUGCAAGAAACUGCAAAGAGGAUUUUCUCCGUACACUCGACGUUGCUUGGACGAGGAUUCGCUCUAGCUUCACCUCCUACGGUCUCCCAGGCUCUCGACGGUAUUCUUCCAUUCAGGUAAGUG